AUGAAGCAACCAGCAGCCAUGAAGUGGAGCAUACCUGCUUCCCUCAUCCUCCUGCUACAUUUCGCUGGAUCCAUAGCACGGCACGAAAAUGAGUUUGGGAUAGCUUCCACAUUAGAUUCUUCCCAGUGCGUGACAGAGAAGAAGGUGCUUAGCAUAGCUACCAUCACCUUUACCCAGUUUGUUCCGGAAGCCACUGAGGAGGAAGUGAACAAAAUGACUAGCGACGUGUUGGCAGCAAUGAAGAAAAACUCUGGCAACGGGUGUUUAGAAAACCAGCUAUCUGUGUUUCUGGAUGAAAUUUGCCAUGAGACGGAACUCUCUAACAAGUAUGGACUCUCAGGCUGCUGCAGCCAAAGUGGGGUGGAAAGACACCAGUGUCUGCUGGCGCGUAAGAAGACUGCUUCGGCCUCUGUCCCACCCUUCCAGUUUCCAGAACCUGCUGAGAGUUGCAAAGCACAUGAAGAAAACAGGACGGCGUUCAUGAAAUCGUUUAUCUACGAAGUGUCCAGGAGGAAUGUCUUCAUGUAUUCCCCUGCCAUUCUGUCCUUGGCUGCUCAGUAUGACAACAUAGUUCCAGUGUGCUGCAAAGCUGACAACAUGGAGGAGUGCUUCCAGACAAAGAGAGCAUCACUUGCAAAGGAAUUAAGAGAAGGAAGCAUGUUAAAUGAGCAUGUAUGUACAGUGAAUAGAAAAUUUGGAUCCCGAAACCUCCAGGCUAUGACCAUUAUUAAGCUAAGUCAAAAGUUUCCUGAAGCAAAUUUUACUGAGAUUCGGAAGCUGGCCCUGGACGUGGCUCACAUCCACGAGGAGUGUUGCCAUGGAAACGCGCUGGAGUGUCUGCAGGAUGGGGAAAAAGCCAUGACAUAUAUAUGUUCUCAUCAAAAUAUUCUGUCAAGCAAAAUAGCAGAGUGCUGCAAAUUACCCAUAAUCCAACUCGGCUUCUGCAUAAUUCACGCAGAAAAUGGCGUCAAACCUGAAGGUUUAUCUUUAAAUCCAAGCCAGUUUUUGGGAGAGAGAAAUUUUGCCCAACUUUCUUCAAAGGAAAAAAUCAUGUUCAUGGCAAGCUUUCUUCACGGAUAUUCAAGAACUCACCCCAACCUUCCUGUCUCAGUCAUUCUAAGAAUUGCUAACAAAUACCAGGAAUCAUUGGAGAAGUGUUCCCAGUCUGGAAAUCUACCUGGAUGUCAGGACAAUCUGGAAGAAGAAUUUCAGAAACAGAUCGAGGAGAGCCAGGCGUUGGCCAAACAAAGCUGUGCUCUCUACCAGACGUUAGGAGACCACAAAUUACAAACUCUGUUCCUCAUUGGUUACACGAGGAAAGCCCCUCAGCUGACCUCAGCGGAGCUGAUUGACCUCACCAGGAAGAUGGUGAGCAUUGCCGCCACGUGCUGCCAGCUCAGUGAGGAGAAAUGGUCUGGCUGUGGUGAGGGAAUGGCCGACAUUUUCAUUGGACACUUGUGUAUAAGGAAUGAAGCAAGCCCUGUGAACUCUGGUAUCAGCCACUGCUGCAACUCUUCGUAUUCCAACAGGAGGCCAUGCAUCACCAGUUUUCUGAAGGAUAAAGCUUAUAUCCCUCCCCAAUUCUCUGAGGAUAAAUUCAUCUUCCACAAGGAUCUGUGCCAAGCUCAGGGCGAAGCCCUACAGACCAUGAAACAAGAGCUUCUCAUUAACCUGGUGAGGCAAAAGCCUGAACUGACAGAGGAGCAGUUCGCGGUCAUCACUGCAGAUUUCUCGGGCUUUUUGGAUAAGUGCUGCAAAGUCCAGGACCGUGAAGUCUGUUUCGCAGAAGAGGGUCCAAAGUUGAUUUCCAAAACUCGUGCUGCUUUGGGCGUUUAA